AUGCAUAUCCUCUGCCUACACGGAGCCGGCUCGAACUCUCGAAUCUUCGAGAUUCAGACCGCAGCCAUCCGGUAUGAACUCGAAGACAACCACACCUACGACUUUGUCGAAGGCAACAUCCCUGCGCCGAUGCAGCCAGGGAUCGAAGUCAUCGCCAACAAGCAUGAGCAAAUGUAUGCUUACAUCGACGAGAAGGACCCUGCAAGUGGAGUCGCCGCCUAUCAACAUUUAGAGGCGCUGCUCCACCAUGAAGGGCCAUACGACGGGGUCAUCGCGUUCAGUCAAGCUGGCACACUGAUUCUCACCUAUCUCGCGCAUCUAGCUAAGCACAAGAGCGAGUGCAAGCUGCCCUUCAAGUUCGCAAUCAUCCUCUCGAUCACGUAUCCACCACUCGACUACGAAGCUGUUCAGCGCGGGGAGGUCAAGCAGGUCGACCUGGAGGCCUACAAGGAUGUGAUUCCAAUCCCAACGGCUCACAUCUGGGGCUCGCAGGAUGGGGCUGCCAACAAGGUUCCGUUGACAAAUACUGUAUGCAAGGCGGAGACCAUUGGUUACAAUAGUCCGAGUUCGGCCGGAUCUCUUUGGUAUGACCACAUCAGAGCAAUGGAUACCAAUCACGAAACACAUACCUCGAUUCAUGACUCGCACAACCUGCAUACCCAACCUUCCAGCGCGUCAUUGGCUGAAGGGUUGAACAAUGACACUCCUGGUCGAUCGAUGGGAAAUCAGCCGAGGUACAUGCAAGGCCCUCGACUCUGGUUCGCUGGCUGCGGUAUCGCGUUGAGUCUAUUCCUCGCCACGGCCGAGAUCACAAUCAUUAGCACCUCGCUAGUCACCAUCAGUCGUCACCUCGAUGGCCAAGAUCAGAGCACCUGGAUCAUCACCUCAUACCUCCUGGCGUUUGCGGGCUUCCUCACUGUUUGGGCCAAAUGCAGCGACUUCAUCGGGCUCAAGCUAGCGAUUCUGGUUUCACUAGCCAUUUUCGUGGCCUUUUCUGGUGGCUGCGCUGCUACCCAGACCAUGAGUCAGCUCAUUAUAUGCCGCGCUUUCCAGGGCAUUGGAGGAUCUGGCGUCUUUUCCUCGUGCCUCUUCGGCCUGAUCCGGAUGGUUCCCCCUGAAAGAUUCGAUAUUGCCAGUGCAGCGGGGUCAGGCGUGCUGACACUCGCACUGAUCCUGGUGCUGACAUGGGUUGCGAGUGUUCCCGCUGGGGUAGUGGCAUGGGCCAUCAUAAGCAUCUUGGUUCCGAAAGACUUUGACCAGGUCAAUUCGACAAAGCUCAAAGACCAGAAUCCUCGCAACGCAAGAAAAGGGCCAUGGAGCUUUCUCACGAAAGCAGACACCGUCGGCUGCCUGCUCCUGCUCUCCUUCUCCGUCCUCUUCGUAGCCGCAUUCCAGGAAGCCAACGUCCGGUAUGCGUGGUCAUCAGCCACCAUUAUAAGCCUCUUAGCCAUCUCAGGGGCGCUGUUGGCCGCGUUCGUCGCAUGGGAAUGGAUGGUAGCCAAUCGCCAGUACCUAGGCUUCGAGCCCAUCCUCCCGUGGGGAAUCCUACGCAACCGAGUCCUACUAGGCGCGAUCCUGUUCGUGCGCCCCUGCCCCCCCCCUUCCUCUCACGUUCCUCGUCUGACACUAGCUGACCGGGGUCCGAAACUCUAUCGUCUACGGUAUAGUGGAUGCUUCCUAACCGGACCGGCGGUCACGAUCCUGUACAUCGAGCUCCCGCAGCGCUUCCAAACGGUCAACGACAGCAGCGCGAUCGGCGCGGGCCUGAAAGUCCUGACCUUCGGCGUCGGCUCGCCGGUCGGCGCCGCGCUGUGCAGCCUCCUGGCCGGGCGACUGCGCACGCCAUUCGUGUAUCUCGCAGCGGCAGGGUCUGUGCUGCAGAUCGUGGGGGCCUUCCUGCUCUCCUCGGUCCCCGCCACCCCGGAUAUCUGGCCCGGCCAGUACGGAUACAUGGCCAUCACGGGCUUGGGCAUCGGGAUCUCCAUCGCCGCGCUGUAUAUGUGUGUGCCUGUGGUGGUGGGCGACACUACUGAUCAACCGACCGCGAUGGGCCUGACGCUCCAAGCGCGCAUGAUCGGGGCCUCGCUCGGGGUGGCUAUCGUUAACAGUAUCCUGAUCGAUUACGUCAAGGCCCAUCUUCCGGGAACCGAGGCUGCAGCAGACCCGAACCUUCUUGGCGGAGUCCCGACGGAGGUCCAGGAGGAGAUUCGGAGAGUCUAUGCGUUAGGCUAUAACCGGCAGAUGUACGCGGUUGGAGCGUUUGGGGCGGCGCAGUUGAUUGCCGUGGCCCUGAUGUGGAAGAGGGAGCAGGUCCGGUUCGUCAAGUGA